AUGACUGAUACGCUUCAUAGUCUAGUAGACCUAUCUCCACGUACUCAAAAGCUGUAUCAAACCCUUUCAGACUUUGUAGAAUAUGAAUGCAUUCCAGCUGAAGACCAGUAUCACCAGCAGCAUGGUCAUGGCAUCGACAGAUGGAAGGUUGUUCCUCCUAUAAUAGAGACACUCAAGACAAAGGCACAUGCACUUGGACUAUGGAAUCUGUUUUUGCCAAAAAGCUAUCCAGAAAGUCCUGGUCUGACCAAUCUUGAAUAUGCGGUGCUUUGCGAAGUUCUGGGUCGCAGUAUACUGGCACCAGAGGCAACCAACACCAAUGCUCCAGAUACUGGAAAUAUGGAAGUUUUUGCCAAGUAUGGCACGGCGAAACAAAAGGCACAAUGGCUGGUUCCGCUCAUGCAAGGAAAAAUACGAUCAGCAUUUGCAAUGACCGAACCAGGUGUUGCUUCGUCAGAUGCCACCAAUAUCGAGACUUUAAUUGUUAGAGAUGGAGAUUCGUAUGUUAUCAAUGGCAGAAAGUGGUGGAUAUCUGGAGCAGGUGAUCCAAGGUGUAAAGUUUAUCUUGUUAUGGGGCAAUCCAACACCACUAGCAAAAGCAAAUACAAUCGACAGAGUGUGAUCAUUGUGCCUGCUGAUACUCCUGGGGUUCGGAUCAUUAGACCUAUGCUGGUUUUUGGAUACGACGAUGCUCCUCAUGGACAUGUUGAAAUGGUAUUUGAAAAUGUACGAGUUCCUGUCGAGAAUAUGAUUUUGGGCGAGGGUCGAGGAUUCGAGAUUAUCCAAGGCCGACUCGGACCAGGCCGUAUCCAUCACUGUAUGCGUGCCAUCGGUAUUGCAGAGCGUGCCAUUGACUUGCAUGUUUUGCGACUGACCAAUACAUCACGCAGAACAUUUGGCAAGAUACUGGCUCAGCAUGGUACAGCAUCAGAUUCAGUUGCACAGUCUCGUAUGGAAAUUGAACAAGCAAGGUUGCUCGUGCUGAGUGCUGCAGCCAAGAUUGACAAGGUUGGAGCCAAAGAAUCGAUGAAUUUGAUUGCUAUAGCCAAAGUGGUAGUUCCAACAAUGGCUUUGAAAGUGCUUGACCGAGCCAUUCAAGCUCAUGGAGCACAAGGUGUGUCACAAGACACUCCACUCGCCGCUUUAUACGCCUUUUCAAGAACAUUGCGUAUUGCAGAUGGACCAGACGAGGUACAUGCAAUGCAGAUUGCCAAAAAUGAAUUAAAAAGAGCACCUAUUGUGUUGGCCAAGGUGCAAAAGCAGUUUGCUCUUGCUCAAAUGUUGGCCAAGUUGUAA